GAGAGAAAAACAAGACAUGCACGCAGAAGGCGACAGCCAUGACAUAGGAAGGGUGACCAGUAUCCCUGCUACUAAUAUUGACAUUGAAACUGACAACAUUCAUCAAGAAACAGAUGGGGCUUUGACUUCUGUUGCCCAGAAGAGGGAGCUACAUAGCAAGAGCCCUUCUAAUAACACUCUGUAUAGAGAUGCACCUCAAGGAAUCUGUGUAUCCGAGAAAGAGCAAAGGAGGCUAGUACAGGGCAAAGGAUCCUCUAUAAUAAAAUUCUGGAAAUCAUUGAAAGAAACUAUGGGUUUGUAUGAUGUGGCUUAUGGUAAAGCCAUGCCAGAGAACAUACUGCAGCACAAUGGGAUUUCACAGAGUUCCUGUGAAAGUAGAGGUGUGCUCUGUAACCCUCAUGAGGGUGGAGACUGCAUUGCAUAUAAAGAUGAACACAGAGCUGUCCAGUCAGAGCAGUGUCUUGAUGUUGUAAGACAUGAGAUGUUUAAGUCAGGAUCUAUCAUGGAGAUGAACUUGGGUGAAGAAAAGAAGGAAUAUGCAGCUGUUUCCCAAAACCCACCACCUCCAACUGACAGAGAUGAGAUCCAGAAUAGCCUGAACUCAAAAUUGUACCAGUCUACUGGAGAUAUCAACAAGCUUCAUCAGGAAAGGCCACUCUGUGCCAGCACGGAAGCAGUUAAAGACCCGAGCCUACAUUCAGAAUCUCAGAAACUCCUUACUGUAGGGGAAAGUAUGCCAGAGAACAGUAGUGGGAGCCAUGGCUCCCCUGAGAAUGUGGGUGGAGAGGAAGAGGUAGAGAGCAGUAGCUACCCUGAGGGGGGUGUUCCAUCCCCUACCUGGUUGGCCCAGUUCAACAAAGUAGGUCAGGCCACCCAAUGCGAUAUGAGUUGGUGGUAUGAGGUACAGCCUGAGAAUUCCCCUGAGUCUUCACCAGAAAGUGGUAGAAAGGGAGCAGAGCAGAUGUCAGUGGGGAGCAGGAACCAGGAUGAAGUUGAUGAGGUAGAGAACAAUGGCUGCGAGGGGCACGUUCCCUCCCCUACCUGGUUGGCCCAGUUUACCAAAGUAGAUGAGGGUAUACAGUGCGACAUGAGUUGGUAUGAAGCACAGGUAGAGAAAUCCCCCCAGCAAAUGCCCUCCAGAGAUGAAGGGACCUCACCAGACUGCAAAACCAAGGGGUCAUGGAAAAAGCCAGUCACAAAUAGGAAAUUAAGUACAGACAAAGAUGAAGUGAUGGUGAAUGAUGAGAUUGGGGAGGUGUAUAAAGAGAACUUGAAAAGGUGUGCAGAGAUUAAAAAGACUGUGAAAGGCAGGAAGCUGAAAGACCUGAGCAGCUUCUCAAAUGUUAAGACAGCCUAUUUGUUGAAGAAAAGCGCUGCCUUGACCAUUGUGCUUCCUGAGGAUUCAGAAGACUCUGAGUUGGAAGUUGAAGAUGUAAUGGAUGAGGUAGAAUGCCUCCUUGAAGAAGUGAGUCCACAGGGCACUCUGACAUCUUCCAAAGGAAGGUCUUAUCUGAAGGCUGGAAGGAUAAUGAGGAUGCCACCUGAGUGCUCUGUCCCUCCCCAACUUAUGGUCUGGCCCACCAGAAAUAAGUACAAGCUAUUACAAGCUGGUGGUGAAUAUGAGCACGUCGUCCCUGUGGUUUACCAGUUGAAACGACAGGAUGGCUGUGAAAGCACUGGUGUCACCCUCCGAAGAAAACACACUAUGCCCAAGCCAGAGGGACUGGAGUACAGGAGAGCCUGUCACAAACCAUUGGAAUGUAACUGUGAGAGAUCAAAAACCAAGUUCCCCUACAAAGUAACAGAGAUUCGAGGCAGAUGCUAUAAAGUUUAGGAAAUACCCAGCAGCUCUAGAGGAAAUAAAUUGCUGAGUUCCAGCUUCAAGGAAGAGCUAAAUAUUGCAUCAGAUGAUAUCUCUCUUGACUGAACUAUUAAAGCAUUGUAUCAAAAAACAAGAAAAUGUGACAUUGUAAA